AUGGCGCCCAACCUUUUCCUUUGCCUCCGGGCUGUCUUCUGCCCCACGUACUGGUUUCAGCGUGGCGAGCGCAUCCAAGGAUCGAUUCACAAAGAAGAACAUUGGCAAUCCCCUGUUCCGGGCAUUUACAAAUACAUCCCGGGUCGUGGAUGGCACCUUGUUUACAGGGAUGGCAACGAGUACGACGAAAAAGUUCCUGUUCCACUCGUUUAUUGCCGAAUCCUCCACCGCUACAUGUUCGAAGACGAACUGGAGGAUAGAUGCCGCUGGCACUCAGUGGUCGUUCAUGAAGGUGCUAAGCCGGAAAGAUUUCUGUUCUUCCGUCUCGACGACGAUGACACCUGGGUCGCUGGAUGGGAUGCCAAGGGAAAGUUUAUCCCGGGACCUUAUCAAAAAUGGUACUACGACUCGAAAACCCAUACUAUGCGCCGGGUUCUGUUCCCUGAAAGCUCGAAUGUUUCCCGCGCCAGCAUUGUUCCGAGCAAGCUCAAUUGA